ACAGAGUUAUGCCCGACCUGGAAUGGAUAAACACACGCGGAGACGCUUGGAAUUCAGGGUACGUUUUCCCCUCUUGUUAGGGGGAUCGAACUAGACGGGUACGAUCAUGCGGGGUUCCCCCAACGGGGAGCUCGUAACACGACGGUCAAGACCACGCAUGACCGAUGGUGAUAAAGUCGUACGCCGGGUUGAGGACGAAGCUUCUCAGCGACCUACGAAUGUGUAUCACCAUUCCCUCCUGUUUCUCCCGCCCAUAGAGAGUCAUUGCAGGCCGAACCAGCAGCUACAAUGUCGACCGCGUCCUCCUUCCCGCCGCCGCCUACACUUACUUCCAAGCACUCUGGCAUCCCCGAGCGGCUCCUCGAUGUCGGGGUCGAAUCCAAAAACCGGCUGCUCAGCAAGCGGACGGUGCCAGAGAGCGUGCCCCGUCAAGGAGAACUCCCUCGCCUCCCGCCCGAUACGACGCGGGCCGAGUUCAACCAAGCCAUUGGCGAGUUGAAGCAGAUUCUAGGUGAGGAACAUGUCGACAUCAACGACAAGCCGUUGGUGGACGGGUGGUAUGUGGAGCAUCCAAAUACCCACGACGCAUUCCACAUCGCCCUGCAGGAGGAUCUAGUCUCCAGCGCGGUGGUGUAUCCGGGUUCGGUUGAAGAGGUGCAGGCAACCGUCCGAUGGGCCAACAAGCACAAAAUCCCCAUCUACCCCGUUUCCAUGGGGAGGAACAUAGGGUACGGAGGCACCGCACCGCGAGUGCCGGGAAGUGUUGUCAUCGAUCUCGGGCGGCGGAUGAACCGGAUUCUGAACAUCGAUGGAGAGAACGCGUCCUGUCUCGUUGAGCCGGGCGUGUCGUAUUUUGCGCUGUACGAGGAGGUCCAGAGACGGGGAUUGCCAUUGUGGAUCGACACUCCUGAUGUCGGGGGAGGAAGCGUGCUUGGGAAUGCCAUCGAUCGAGGUGUUGGAUACACGCCGUACGGAGAUCACUUUGCCAACCACUGCGGCCUUGAGAUCGUCCUUCCCAAUGGCGAGCUCCUCCGGACGGGCAUGGGCGCCCUACCAGGCAAGCAAGGAGCCGAUAAUCCGACGUGGCAAUCGUUUCAGCCGGCAUACGGUCCUUAUUCGGAUGGCAUCUUCAGCCAGAGCAACUUCGGAAUCGUCGUGCGCAUGGGCAUGUGGCUGAUGCCCGAAGUUGGACACCAAUCGUAUGUUAUCACCUUCCCGCGCGAAGACGACUUCCCGCAGAUCGUCGACAUCAUCCGGCCGCUGGCGCAGCAGAGAGUCCUCGGAAACAUCCCGCAGCUGCGACACGCCAUCCAGGAACUCGCAACCACGGCUAGGGCCAAGUCCGACUUCUACAGCGGGACGGGGCCGAUGCCUCGGGACAUCAUCCGGGAGCAUGCCUCGAAGCUUCCCCUCGGCGAUGUCUCCUGGGUCUUUUACGGCACGCAAUACGGCGACCCUGCGAGCAUUGCCACCCAGCUCGACCUGAUCCGCAAGGCCUUCUCCAAAGUUGAGGGGGCAAAGAUGCUGUUCCCCGAAGACCUGCCCGCAGAGCAUUAUCUACACUCGCGCGUCCAGGUGUGCAGCGGCGUGCCUGUCCUGCGCGAGCUCGACUGGCUCAACUGGGUUCCCAAUGCCGCUCAUCUCUUCUUCAGUCCUAUCGUCCCGACGCGCGGAAAGGAUGCCCAGAUCGUGCACGACAUCGUCGUCCGGCUCCAUGCCAAGUACGGCUUCGACCUCAUCCCCACGCUCUGCGUCGCUGGGCGGGAGAUGCACUACAUUGUCAAUAUCGUAUACGACCGGUCGUCGUUGGACGAGAAGAGGCGCGCAGCCGCGUGCAUGCGUGAGAUGAUCGCUGAAGCGGCGGCGGAGGGUUAUGGCGAGUACAGGACGCAUAUCCUGUUUGCCGACAUGGUGGCGCAGACGUACAACUGGGGUGACAACGCGCUCAUGCGCUUCAACGAGACAAUCAAGGAUGCCCUCGAUCCGAAUGGCAUCCUCGCGCCCGGCAGGAAUGGGAUUUGGCCCAAGCGGUUCAGGGGCAAGGGAUGGGAAAUCCUUGGGACCGAGGUCGAGGACGCGCUGGAGGGGAAAGGCAUCGGGCCAAAGCGUCGUCCAUAAGGUGUAACCUGGUGUUCGCGAAUCGCCGCUUCGUGAACCCCGGAGAUUGUGGCGUUGGUUGGAGGCAAGAGCGGCCAGUGGCCUGGUUAAGCCACAAACUCGUAUACAG